GUCAUUCGGCCGUGUUGUCUUCUUAAGUAGUAGUUUCCCAUCAAAAACCGUGUCUCUCAUUCAACAGCAAAUGUAACCGACUCACAGAAAGCCACGAUGGGAUGUUCACCGAGACGCUUCCUCGGUGUUAAACCGAGCAGGGCGCAGAUGUUGUUUCCUUUUCUGCUGACAUUCUUGCUCGUCGGGGGCGAAGGCGAGAGCACCGCGAUGGACCACGUCUCCACUGAGAGGCUGGCUGAGGAAAGCCACCGACAGGACAGUGCCAAUCUACUCAUAUUCAUAAUGCUCCUAACGCUCACCAUCUUAACCAUAUGGUUGUUCAAACACCGGCGAUUUAGGUUCCUGCACGAAACAGGACUUGCUAUGAUCUAUGGCCUAUUGGUGGGUGUGAUCCUGCGUUUUGGCGUCCAUGUGCCCCAGAACAUGAGUGACGUGGUCCUCAGUUGUGCUGUCAACGCCAGUCCCGCUACCCUGCUGGUCAACGUCAGUGGGCGAUUUUACGAGUACACUCUGAAGGGGGAAGUCAGCCGCGGCAAAGGUCACCAAGUGCAGGACGAUGAGAUGCUGAGAAAGGUGACUUUUGACCCCGAAGUGUUUUUCAACAUUUUGCUGCCUCCCAUCAUCUUCCACGCCGGUUACAGUCUGAAAAGGAGACAUUUCUUCAGAAACAUCGGCUCCAUCCUGGCCUAUGCUUUCAUGGGAACAGUUAUCUCCUGCUUUGUUAUUGGGCUGAUCAUGUACGGCAUCGUGUCCUUCAUGAAAGUUGUGGGCCAGCUUGGGGGCGAUUUUUUCUUUACUGACUGCCUCUUCUUUGGGGCCAUCGUUUCAGCAACAGACCCAGUGACGGUGCUGGCUAUCUUCAAUGAGCUAAAAGUGGAUGUGGACCUGUAUGCUUUACUCUUCGGCGAGAGCGUCCUCAAUGAUGCUGUGGCCAUCGUUCUCUCUUCCUCCAUCGUGGCGUACCAGCCUGCAGGAGACAACAGCCACAGCUUUGAGGCCAUGGCCAUGUUGAAAUCCUUCGGUGUUUUCCUUGGCGUCUUUAGUGGGUCCUUUGCUCUUGGGGUGGCCACUGGAGUCAUGACGGCUCUCGUGACCAAGUUCACCAAGCUGAGGGACUUCCCCUUGCUGGAGACGGCUCUCUUCUUCCUAAUGUCUUGGAGCACCUUCCUUUUAGCCGAAGCCUGCGGGUUCACAGGCGUAGUGGCUGUGCUGUUCUGUGGGAUCACUCAGGCUCACUACACCUUCAACAAUCUCUCCCCUGAUUCUCAGGACAGAACCAAACAGUUGUUUGAGCUGCUGAACUUCCUGGCAGAGAACUUCAUCUUCUCCUACAUGGGUCUGACUCUCUUCUCCUUCCAGUCACACGUCUUCAACCCUAUGUUCAUCAUCGGAGCAUUUUUGGCCGUGUUUCUGGGCAGGGCUGCAAACAUUUACCCUUUGUCCUUCCUGCUCAACCUUGGCCGCAAGAACAAAAUUGGAUCCAACGUUCAGCAUGUCAUGAUGUUUGCAGGACUGCGUGGGGCGAUGACCUUUGCCCUUUCAAUCAGAGACACUGCGACUUACGCCCGCCAGAUGAUGUUUUCAACUACCCUCCUAAUUGUCUUCUUCACUGUCUGGAUCUGUGGAGGAGGCACCACGCCCAUGCUGUCCUUCAUGAGCAUACCGGUUGGUGUGGACUCUGAUCAAGAUAACUCUAAUUCAGCGGUGUUGGAUGGGUCCCAGCGGAGGAACACCAAACAUGAGAGUGCCUGGCCCUUCAGGAUCUGGUAUACCUUUGACCACAACUACCUGAAGCCCCUCCUGACCCACAGCGGCCCUCCUCUCACUGCUACGCUGCCUACGUGUUGUGGACCGCUGGCACGAUGCCUCACCAGCCCACAGGCCUAUGAGAAUGAAGGCCAGCUCCACGACGAUGACACGGACUUCAUCCUGAAUGAUGCCAGCGUGAGCUCCAUGUACGCCGACGUCACCGUCAGCACGGACGCAUCCGGCCACACCAUCAACCGCUCCUCCAACACCAGGGACGGCCCGUCUGAUGAAGGUCUGGAUCACGAGCUUGCCUUGGCGGAACAUGAAGUGGCUAUCAGGGGCACACGCCUGGUCCUGCCCAUGGAUGACCCGGUGGAGGCCCCGACCACGGUCACCUUGCCCCCGCCUCCCUCCCCGCCGCGCUCUGAACCUCGCAGGCAUAGGCUGUAAGAAGAUUUACACUAUAAGGAAGCAGUUUGUUGUUCUCAGCUUGAAAAAAUUCGCAAAUCAUCUAAUUUGAUUUCACAAGAAAAAAGUUAGUUGAUUUGCUCGGAUUUGCUAUUGUAAAACAAACUUCUUCAGGUAAGUGGCCAUGUUGACGGGACCAGCUCUCUUAAAUGGUUUAAAAAUAGGCCCAGCUUUGUGAUAAACUUGAGGAGUGCUUGAUUUAACUAAUUUAGGUGGAUUCCUGUAAUCAUGAAUGAGAAUGCACUACAUGUAAGAUACUUUAAAUCAAGUGCACCUCAAGUCUAUAAAUUACAUAAAAGAUGCACAUUUGGGGAAGCUAAAAAAAAUGGGGCUGUUGUAUUUGCUCCUACGUUUGUACUACUGUGGUGAUAUGCCAGUGCUGUUAUCUACGCUCUAUAAAAGCCCCAACUCCUUCUGACUUUAUGGGGAGAUCCCUAAAUGUUACAUAUGCAGUUUACCCUUUUCUUUGUGGUGAAGUUGCUCCAGACAACAGGACCUGUAUUUGUCAAGUAUUUGUAAGAUGCCCUACACUUUGCUCUACUAACAUUCAGUGGUGUCAAAGAGUAUUUACACUACAGCCACAUUACUAAUCUUACUCCUCCAUCCACAGACUGGUAUGUAUCCGGUAUGUUUGUCUCCCUCUCAAAGUUGUUAUGUAGGGAAGGUUCAAAGGAGGAACUGGGGAUUUUGAUUGGCCAAGGUGGGAGCUACUUGAUGAGGACAUUGACGUCUUUGAUGGGAGUAGUAUGAGGAGCUUUAAUUUUAAUAGAAAUAAAUAUGAGGUACAAGAAUAUACCAUUUGCCCAAAAAACUCAAACUGCUUCCACAACAGGGUCCAGGAGCAAAUUUGAGCACUGCCUGUCUCUUUUCUUCAUGAUCAGUCUUUUCACUUAUUCUUUUAUUUAUUUAACAAAUAAUAUUUAUUUAUAUAAUGAUUUAUUUUGUUUAUUUAUUUUUUAUUUAUUGUUUUGUGGAGUGACAUUAAUGAUUGCCCUGUUUGAAAAUAGGCCGCUGCUUGGUGGUGAAAGGCUUUUAUGCACUUUUUUUUAACAAAACACUACGACUCUUCCCACACAAGGUACAUUGUACAGUAGGGAAGUUAUGAAGAAGGUAGAUAUUCAUCAAAGGAGAGUGUUCUUUACCAUGAGUGUGCAUGUUAAAAUAUCUCCUUCCUGUUCUGUAGCAGAUCCUUCUACUUCCCUGUGUGUAUUUUAUAAGUGUGUGUGUGUGGCUGAUGUGUGGUUAUCAGGGCUAAUGUCUGUUUCUGGGUUUUCUGUCUUCAUCUAAUCUUCUUUCCAAAAAGAAAAAAAAAAGUUACUGCCGUUUUCUUUGUGAUGUCGUAUUAUCAAAGAUAACUGAGGGCUGGCUGAACUGUUUUUGACUUAAAGUGCCUAUACAGAAAUUCAAUUACUUAUUGUAGAAUUGUAUAUAUUUUGAUUUGCUAAUGUGCAGUAAGAUUAUCUUUCUUGGUUUUUAUAUGACACAAACCCCUUUGACUGGUGUUGAAUAUUGUGCUCCCAGUAUAAUUGACUGCCUAUGGUGGAGAUCACAAAAGAAUGCAGGUUUAAAACAUUGUACUUUUAUUAAUGGGAAAUGAGUAUCACUAAUAUUUAUUUGAUAGAACAAUUCUGGAAAUGUACAGUAAAUGCCACACUCGCUUAAUCAAAAAGUAAAUGUGGCAUUUAACUAUUACACUAUUGGGGGAUGUAUUUGAAUGCAACAAGAAGCCUCAUAUACUAAGGUCAUGGGAAAGACAGGAGGACACCGCUGACUUUUUCCGAAGGCAGUUUAAGUCUUUUUUAUUUCCUUGUUUGGCAAACAAGACCGUAUAUUGACGUAUAUUCUGUUUCCACCUGUGAGAGAUAUUUCGCACUGCGACAUCUCCGUAGUUAACCCUUGUUUGUGCUGUUUUCUGCUUGGUGAUUUUAAUGACUGAGGUAGAAAUUAAUACCUGAUAAAAUCCCACUUUCAAAUGUGCGUUUAACUGUGUCAAGCUGCACAUGAGUUUUCUUCUUGAUCUAAAUGUUAUUCUUAAUAAGAGGUUUGAGUUUCUGCAGUAUUAUCCAGGGGAUGAAUGAAUUAACAUUAUUUUUUAUCAGUAAGGUAUCUUUUCAUUUGUUGUUUAAAUGUUAUUGAACUGUGAAAAACAUGCUCUGUUUAUAUGGGAAUUAUAAACAAACUGUUGUAAUUUUACAAUAGCAACCGCACCCAAAACUAGAAAUCUGAAAAUUCUUACGUUUCUACUGUCUGUGGAAACGGUUUAUAACAGAUGUAUUUGUGAAAAGUACACCUGCAAAGUCUAUAUGUGAUUGUUUUUAAAAAGUGAACUAUUUUUUUUUUGUGUGGGGGGGCAUUUAAAAGAUUGUUCCCUGUGUAGUCCUGAUUUAAUGACAGUGUCUCAGUCUGACAUCUGCAAGUGUAGCCCACCUGAAGAUAAUAAAAACAAU